GAAACAAACCCCUGAACAAGAGUGAACCGCCGUGGAAAUCAAUUAGACCGCUGCUAACUCCGCCCUGGUCCUCCGAACCCCAAAUCUCCCGCUACUUCCUCCUCUCUUCUCUCUCCUCCCCUCAAAAUCCCUAACCCUAAUUAUUCAAUCUCUCUCUCUCUCUCUCUCUCUCUCUCUCUGUAAUGGUCGCUGCCCCAAGCUAGCUUCUUUCCUCCAUCAAUCAAUGGCCUCCUCUCUCCUCCUCCGCUCUCGAACUCUCUCCAAGCUCCGCCCUUUCCUCCCCCUCCACCCCCAGUUCCACUCAAUCCUCCCUCAUUCUCACCCCAAAUUAGGGCUAGACUUAGAAUUAGGAUUGAGGUUGGGGUUAGCUUCACCUCCCCAGUUCCAAAAACCUCCUUUUUACUGCACCUCGACGGUCCAACCCCAAACCUUCGACCCUAAAUCAAUCUACUCCGAGUUCUCGAACGUCGACCUCGAUUCCCAUCAAAUCCUCCCAAAGCGCCAAUGGGAAUCCCUCUCCGCGAUCCUCAGGGCCUUCACAAGCUCUCCGUGGACCUCCGACCGGUCCCUCGCCAUUUACAUCCCCUCCUCCUUCUUCCCCACCGCCGCCAAAAGCUUCCGCCAUUUCUUCCUCCGUCGCUGCUCCCUCGCCCUCUUCGAUCACGUCUCCUCGAUCGAAAGCCCCAAUGAGUUCCUCCUCCCUGUAUUCUUCGAUUACUGUCUUAACGCUUUCGCCGACGAGCUCAAGCAGUUUAAGAAACUCAUGGAGACUGCUGACUUGACCAAGCCCCAUACUUGGUUCCCCUUUGCGCGGGCGAUGAAGAGGAGGAUCAUAUACCAUUGCGGCCCCACGAAUAGUGGGAAGACGUACAAUGCUCUACAGAGGUUCAUGGAGGUGAAGAAUGGAGUGUAUUGUGGCCCGCUGAGGCUGCUCGCCAUGGAGGUCUUCGACAAGGUGAAUUCUUUAGGCGUUUAUUGUAGUUUACUUACAGGGCAGGAGAAGAAGAUUUUCCCUUUCUCGAACCAUGUUGCUUGUACUAUUGAGAUGGUCUCCACGGAGGAUCUGUAUGAUGUGGCGGUUAUCGAUGAGGUUCAGAUGAUGACGGAUCCUACAAGAGGGUAUGCCUGGACUCGGGCUUUGCUUGGAUUGAAGGCUGAUGAGAUACAUUUAUGUGGGGACCCAAGCGUGUUGAAGAUUGUGAAGAGGAUUUGUAAGGAGACUGGGGAUGAGCUUAGGGUGCAUAGUUAUGAGAGGUUUAAGCCUUUGGUGGUUGAGGCAAAGAGCCUAUUGGGGGAUUUGAAGAAUGUUAGGUCUGGUGAUUGUAUUGUUGCGUUCUCAAGGAGGGAGAUUUUCGAGGUGAAGUUGGCGAUCGAGAGGUUUACGAAGCAUAAGUGCUGUGUUAUUUAUGGAGCAUUGCCGCCUGAGACAAGGAGGCAGCAAGCUAGUUUGUUUAAUGAUCAGGAUAAUGAGUAUGAUGUUCUUGUGGCGAGUGAUGCAGUUGGUAUGGGAUUGAAUCUUAACAUUAGAAGGGUUGUUUUCUAUUCUUUGGCAAAGUAUAAUGGAGAUAAGAUGAUGCCUGUUCCUGCUUCUCAAGUGAAGCAGAUUUCUGGGCGAGCAGGGCGAAGGGGGAGUGUGUACCCUGAUGGGCUUGUGACCACAUUUCUUUUAGAUGAUUUGAGUUAUUUGAUUGAAUGCUUGCAACAACCAUUUGAUGGAAGUGAAAAAGGUUGUGUCUCUUUCGCCUUCUUUGAGCAGUGCGAGUUGUUUGCUGCGCAGUUUCCAACUUCUACUUUCUGUGAGUUACUAGACAAGUUUAGGGAUAACUGCAGGCUCGAUGGGUACUACUUUUUGUGCCAGCAUGAAAACAUUAGGAAAGUAGCAAACAUGUUAGAGAAGGUACAGGGGCUUUCUCUUGAGGAAAGGUUCAACUUUUGCUUUGCGCCAGUUAACAUUAGGGAUCCAAAAGCUAUGUUCCAUUUGCUGAAGUUUGCUUCUCAGUAUAGCGAGAAGCGACCAGUCAGCAUAGCUAUGGGGAUGCCAAAGGGUUCGGCAAGAAAUGAUGCAGAGCUUUUGGAUCUUGAGUCGAAGCAUCAGGUUUUGUCUAUGUACUUGUGGCUGUCAUAUCACUUCAAGGAGGAUACAUUUCCUUAUGUGGAAAAGGCUGAGACUAUGGCAGUAAGCAUUGCUGAUUUGCUUAACAAGUCUCUUGCUAAAGCUUGUUGGAAGCCUGGAUCACGAUCACAGGGAAGGGGCCAAAAUCACUAUGAGGAAGAACCUCACCCGAGUGGUUUAGAAGAAGGGGGUGAUGAAUCCGAGUCCAAAACAAUUCGCAAACUUGACUCCUCUAGGAGGCCUGUUUUUGAAAGACCUAGGUCACUUAUCAAAUCAUUUAAACGGAAAGGGCAAGAUCAAUCCUCAUUGGAUUUUGUAGCGUGAGUUCGACUUUGCCUUAUAUUUCCAAGUACUUCGGGUGAACAAUGGGAGUUCAAUAGCCAUCAUCGCUCUUGCAGUUACAGGAAGAAUAAUACUGAUGACUCGUAGUACAAGAAAUUCUGACCACUGGAUUCUCGGAUGUUGUAUUAAAUGUUCCAGAGAGCAACUAGUUGGUUGCUGAUUAUGGAGAGUAACCUUUUGUUUACAUAGGAUUGAUAGCGAAGAUUGGUUGGUUUUUUUGGAUUUGUAAGUUAAAAGCUUUCCAAGUACAUUUAUAGCCCUAAUUAUUAUGUAAACUAAAUAAGCAUAUAUAGUUAACUACAAGUAGAAAGGAAAAUUAAACA